AUGAUAUCACAAAAGGGCCGUUUUUUAUUCACAUCAGAAUCAGUUGGUGAAGGCCAUCCAGAUAAGAUGUGUGACAUAAUUUCUGAUGCAAUUCUUGAUGCUCAUAUUGCUCGUGACCCAAAUGCUAAAGUUGCUUGUGAAACGGUAACCAAAACGGGCAUGGUAUUGCUGUGUGGAGAAAUAACCUCAAAAGCCAAAGUUGACUAUUACCAGAUCGUAAGGGAUGCUGUAAAAGAUAUAGGAUUCGAUGACUCAGAAAAGGGUUUCGAUUUUAAAACUUGUAAUGUUUUGAUUGCGUUAGAACAACAAGCCCCAGAAAUUGCAGCUGGAGUCCACCAGAAUCGAUCGGAUGAAGAAAUCGGUGCUGGCGAUCAGGGAUUAAUGUUUGGUUAUGCUACUGACGAAACGGAAGAAAAAAUGCCAUUAUCGCUUGUUUUGGCCCAUAAAUUGAUGGCUCAUCACCAUGCUCUUCGUAAAAGUGGCGUGCUUGAUUGGGCUUUACCCGAUUCUAAGUCACAGGUGACAAUUGAAUACAAAUUCGAUGGAGGUGCGUGUGUCCCCUUACGCGUUCACACAAUUGUUAUUUCAGCUCAGCACAAAGCCUCUGUAUCACUUGAAAAAGUCCGUAAAGACCUAACUGAACACGUUAUCAAGGCAGUUGUUCCAAGUAAUCUUUUGGAUGCCAAUACAAAGUAUUACUUAAACCCUUGCGGUAGUUUCACUCUUGGAGGCCCCCAAAGUGAUGCUGGUCUUACCGGUCGUAAAAUUAUAGUUGAUACAUAUGGUGGAUGGGGUGCACAUGGUGGUGGUGCAUUUUCUGGAAAGGAUCCUUCAAAGGUUGAUCGUUCUGCCGCCUAUGGUGCACGCUGGGUGGCGAAAUCCCUUGUUACUGCUGGUAUUUGUAGAAGAUGUCUUGUUCAGGUAUCAUAUGCCAUUGGAAUCGCAGAUCCGCUUUCAAUCACAGUGAUUGAUUAUGGAACAAGUCCACUUACUGAAGAUGAGUUAUUAACUAUUGUCAAUGAUAACUUUGACUUACGUCCAGGAAUAAUAAUCCGCGACUUAAAACUAAAAAGUCCUAUUUACAUGGAAACUGCACGUAAUGGACAUUUUGGUAACCCGAAGUUCUCAUGGGAACAGCCAAAGCAAUUGAAAAUUCGUCGUGCUUUCGCAGAGAAGUUGUCUUUAGCUGCCAAACCAAAAGUUCCAUUGAUUGGAAUUUCGUCGUAA